AAACCCUCCCAUUCUUGAGGAGGGAAAGGGGUGGUGGGGAUUCAAACUAAGGCAGGCUUUACAGUGACUCAAACACUCUCAAAGACAGACUGCAGACAGUCUCCACGACACUAAGAUAUGGGCUUACUGUGACUGCAGUCUGGAGCUUAUUUUCUUAAUCUAAAAGCCAAAAAGAGAACAUUAGACUCAGAGAGAAAGACGUUGCCCAAGAGGAUGGGAAACUGAGCACGUCCCAAACUUUAAGAAGGGAAGAAGAGGAGCAAGGACAAGCCUGAGGAUACCGCAGAUUAUGUUGCCAUGGAAACCGAAACUUGGAAGCGGACGCAAGGACCACUGAAGGUGGACGAUCUCCCUUGAAUGCAUCCUUGACACAUCACUGUACCGCUGCACACAUGAAAAGAAUGCUGUGGAGAAUAACUAUCCCUGUCAUACUGGCUGGGGUGCUCUGCAUCACUGCAGAGACCAAAAAGUCCCGUCCUCAGGGAGCCAUCCCAUCUCCAUACAAGUCCAAAGGGAACCUGUCCGCAGACCGUCACCACCGAUUGCUUCAGCAGAAACCAGAGGUGCUAUCCUCUAGCCGGGAAGCCUUGGUUGUGACAGAGCGCCGUUACCUCCGCAGAGACUGGUGCAAGACCCAACCUCUUCGUCAGACAAUCAGUGAGGAGGGCUGCCACAGCCGCACUGUGGUCAACCGUUUUUGCUAUGGCCAGUGUAACUCCUUCUACAUACCACGGCAUAUGGGUCCCAGCUCGAGUCAGGGACAGAGUCGAGGCCAAACCUCAGGCUCGGGAAGAAAAAACCACAACAAAGCCCAGGAGCCAUUUCAGUCCUGCUCCUUCUGUAGGCCACAUCGCAUCACACAGCUCACAGUGCAGCUAGACUGCCCAGACCUGCAGCCCCCUUUCAGACACCGCAAGGUGCAGAGAGUCAAACAGUGUCGCUGCAUGUCUGUGGAUGUGAGCGGCCAUGGGAAACUGUGAAGGGGGACUUAAAGGUCUUUUAAAUUUGGAAUGACAUCAUUUAUGUGCUGUCAGAGGCAGAAAUUCACAAACUUAGCCAAACAAGGACUGGCUUCAAGAGGAACUGUUCUGCAUCGCGUUGUACAAAGAAUGGCUUGUCUUGCAACAAAAUGAAACAUGGAACUAGAAAUACACAAAAGCUCAACAAUGAUUUAAUUAGAGAGUAGCAGCCAUGUUGACAUGCCAGUGCGGUUAAAAAAAAGAAAAAAAAAGAAUAAAUCAAGUGGCUGUGUAGAGACAGUGAUAAUAAAGCUGCUGGUGUUUAACAAUGGACAUUUUUUUUAGUUUUAGCAUUUCAAAAAUAUCACAUCUACCUAAAGGAUUCAAGAAAGUACCUCUUAAAUAUGACAGAACAUUAUGGACACUGAGGAUGGCCAAGCAAAAGGAAGUGCAUUAAAGUAAUGUCCAACUGUAUAAUUAGUGCAACCACUUAAAACAGUCUUUGUAAAAUGUGUAUCUAUAGGUGGUUCUACAAUCUUAGACAGCUUGUCAGUAUCUCUUUUGCCGUGUUUCACAAGUAUUCUGUUACCCUUUUUGUUUUGUCUUAACAUGAUGAUGUCAAAGAAAAGAUGAAGCAAUUCACAACAUCCACCUGUUUGGAUACAAACCUGAUUGUAUACUGUACAUUUUCCACAAAUAUACUAGCCAGGAGAAAAAAAAAUAAAAAAAACUGCAGCAUGUGUAAUGGAGUUGCAAUGCAAUGUAUACAAUAUAUACACGUGUGUUUUAAGUAUGUAAAAAUAUAUUAAAUCUAUUUCAUAUAAAACAAA